AUGACGGGUUCGACCAAUCACGGAAGAGGCAGGUUGGUUGUCUUGGCAACAUACACACAGCAGCUGACGGCCGCUACACAGCGUGCGUUGCAGGAUGAGGAGGAACGCGUGGAUAAGGGUGUUGGCUGGGAUGAUACUCAUGGGAAAGGACUUAUUAAACCUGCAGAUCAACUGGAGCUCACUGAGGCUGAGUUAAAAGAGGAAAUCACAAGGAUCCUGACUGCCAACAACCCACAUGCACCCCAAAAUAUUGUACGCUACAGCUUCAAGGAACGCUCCUACAAGCAGGUAGUUGUGGAUCAAAUGGCUGUUCACUUUGUGUUGGAGGGCAGCCUUGUACAUCAAGACUCCGAUGAGGCCAGAAGACUGAGGGCCAGAGGGGGUCUCCCAGGAGAGGUUGUAACAGUGGAAACAGGAGCAGAACCUGAUGAGGAGGAAACAGAAACUCCGGCCACGCCUGUAGAAGAUGGAGGGGAAGUUGAGGAAGUUGGAGAAGAUGACAGACCAGACAGCGUUGCCUCCAAAACAGACAUGAAGCAGCCGAAACUUACCAAUCAGAUCAACUUCAGUGAGAGGGGCACCCAGACCCUCAAUAACCCAUUAAGGGAAAGAAGCAGCCAGACUGAACCUCCGCCACGCAGAAACUUCUCUGCCACCGCUAAUCAGUGGGAGAUCUAUGACGCCCACAUGGAGGAGCUGCAAAAACAAGAAAAAAAUAAAGAGAAGCAGAAAGCCACACUACCGAAGACAGAUAGUGACAGAAGCAAGAAGAGGCUGCUGUUGAUGGAGACUCAGAGCGACGACCUCAGCAAAGUGGGAAAAGCAUCCAAUAUCUUUGAAAGAAUGAUCCAUCAAAAUACGUUUGAUGACAUAGCACAAGAUUUCAAAUACUUUGAAGAUGCCUCUGAUGAGUUCAGGGAUCAGGAGGGAACCCUUCUCCCUUUGUGGAAGUUCCAAUAUGACAAAGCUAAAACACUGUCUGUCACCGCCCUCUGCUGGAAUAACAACAUUCAGGACCUGUUCGCUGUGGGUAUGGGAUCCUACAACUUCAGCAAGCAGGGUUGUGGCAUGGUUGUCUUCUACUCGUUAAAGAACUCAUCGUUUCCAGAGUACAUCUACCCCACCAAGUCAGGCGUCCUGUGCCUUGACAUCCACCAGCAGCAUUCCAACCUGGUGGCGGUGGGCUUCUAUGACGGCUGUGUGGCCGUCUACGAUUUGAAGAACGAGGGACUGGAGCCCGUGCACAAGAGCACAGCUAAGACUGGCAAGCACACUGAACCUGUCUGGCAGGUACGCUGGCAGAACGAUGACAUGGACAACAACCACAAUUUCUUUUCUGUGUCAUCUGAUGGCCGAGUUGUGUCUUGGACACUUGUUAAGAAUGAGCUGAUCUACACAGACAUUAUCAGACUGUCAGUGAAUGGUGCUGUAUCUGAAGGACCAGAAGAUGCACAGCAGCCCAUCUUUGCUUGCGGUACAGCGUUUGACUUCCACAAACAGAUCGACUCUCUCUUCCUAGUUGGCACAGAGGGAGGGAAAAUACACAAGUGCUCAAAGACUUACUCCAGCCAGUUCCUGGAGACCUACGAUGCCCACAGCAUGGGAGUGGACGCUGUGAGAUGGAACCACUUCCACCCGAAGGUUUUCAUCUCGUGCAGUUCAGACUGGACCGUCAAGAUCUGGGACCACACCAUCAACACUCCGAUGUUCACCUUUGACCUGAAUGCACCUGUUGGAGAUGUUUCCUGGUCUCCAUAUUCCUCCACUGUAUUUGCUGCUGUAACAACAGAUGGCAAAGGUCAUGUUUUCGACCUCAGCAUCAACAAAUAUGAGGCCAUCUGUCGGCAGUCAGUUGUUGCCAAAAAGACCAAGUUGACGCACCUGGAAUUUAACCCCGUCUAUCCCAUCAUCACCGUGGGCGACGACCGAGGAUACGUCACCAGCUUCAAACUCUCGCCGAACCUCCGCAAGACACCCAAGGCUAAGAAGGGUCAGGAGGUUCCUAAAGGUCCAGAGGUGGAAGUAGCCAAACUGGAGAAGCUGCUCAGUCUGCUGCGGGAACAAGAGGAGAGCCCAGUUUGA